GAAGGCAUUUAGUCGUAGGUAUACUCGAUCAGAGCUGAUGUGAGGUUAUAUAAACAGUAAAUAUGAGGCAUUCAGCUUUCACUUCAUUUAAGUUCUUAAAAAUCAAACUGCUUGAUAAAAAAAAAAUGCCAGUGACUCCUUAGAAUUUAUUUCUCAGUGAUAUUCAAUUUGUGGGCAAUUAAGGAUUUCAAAUUUUGGUGGUAAAUAAAACCAUGUUUUCAAACAUUAAACAGCGGAUAUUACAUCGUGAAACACCGUUUAGUCGAAGAAAAAAACCUGAAAGGAUAAAGCUUAAUAGUAGUUCCGUUUAAAAUUAUUUGAAAUAUCAAUUUCAGUUUCAGUUUCGAAAAUAAGAAGCUAAAAUAAUUUCGCGCUGCUCAAUUGAAUUCAUUUCCUCUUGCUUUUAUAAUUCACUGUAUUAGGUAACAUGUGAAUGACGGAACAAUUUUGACGAACGCUAAAUUCUUGAGAAUAACCGAUUGGAAUGACCUAAUUCUGCUGUUUUGUGGACACCUCAUCGUGUGGCGACUAGUUUUCUUUGAAGUGCAUGAGGUGGACGGAGAAUUAUGGCAUCGUCAAAAAAUGGCACCUUAAAAGGGAAACCAGAAAUUGGUAUUGUGAUUAAAGAUGAUUAUGCUGGCUAUCCUUUGAAUAUGUUCUGUGUUCCUAAACAUUAUGAAGCUGAUUUAACUGAUAUUAUGAUACCUGCAGGACUCAUUAAUGACAGAAUUGAACGAAUAGCUCGUGAUAUUGUUCAAGAUAUAAUCCCUCAAGAAAAUCAAGGAAUUGUGGUUCUGUGUGUACUAAAAGGAGGCUAUAAGUUCUUCGCCGAUUUGUUAGAUAAGAUUAAACAGUUAAAUCGCAACAGUGAAGAAUCCAUCCCAAUUUCUAUUGAUUUCAUCCGUUUACAAAGCUAUAAGAAUGACAAAUCUCAAGGUUCCAUUCAAGUUAUUGGUGGUGACCGACUGGAAAAUUUAAAAGGCAAAUGUGUUCUCGUAGUAGAAGAUAUUAUAGAUACUGGAGGAACUAUGAUCAAACUAAAGGAAUUGCUUGCAAAGCAUGAACCAAAGUGUGUUAAAGUAGCCAGCUUGUUGGUGAAGCGAAGUGCUCGCAAUUGUGGAUAUAAACCUGACUUUACAGGCUUUGAAAUCCCUGAUGAGUUUGUUGUUGGAUAUGCUCUUGAUUAUAAUGAGCAUUUUAGAGAUCUGAGUCAUAUUUGUGUGAUUAAUGAAAAUGGAAAGAAAAAAUAUGCUGUGGCAUCCUAAAAAUCUGAGGCAGCCUUUCUCAGAGGUGAAAUAAAUUUGACUUUUUUUUUGGCCAAAAGACAUUUAACAUCUAGUGACAAAAUAUAUUAAACUUUUAUUUUUCCAAUUACUUUCCUGAUUUUAUGUUUUUUUAAUAAAUUUUUGAGAAAUAUUGUUAAUUUAAUCUAUAUUCUUCUAUAUUAUCUAAUUAUAUCUGAGUAAUGAUCUCGGUUACUCUUAUUAUUUAGUUUCUCAUUUUACAUUGUUUAUUAGUUAAGAGAAAAAACUGCAUUUAGUGAGAUUGUAACAUUACAUUUUUUUCAUUCAUUAAAUUAAUUUUCUUCAUAUAACACUUUUUAUUUUCAUGCAGCCAUUUGUGACUCUAACAAAAAAAUAUUUUGAGUUGAUACUGAUCCUCAUGUAAUGAAAUCUUGGUUUCAAAAUAAACUGCACAACCGUUUGUGUUUGUUAAUUUGGUAUUCAUUUAUAUUAGUUAAAAAUCAGAUGUCUUCCUUGAGUUGUAGAUUGUUCAAUAGUUUGUAGUGGACAGGUAUAAAGAUGAUGGAAAUUGAAACCAAUUGUUGUAAUUUCAGAAAAUAUUUGAAAUAAAUAUCAGCAAAACAUAUUCUUACAAAUACACUUUGUUGAAAUAAAUGGUAAUAAAAUUUUUAUUCUUUUCUGACA